AUGAAAAACAACCCUGACUUAGAGAAAGACUAUAUAUUUAAUAAUUUAGUCAAAAGAGACAAACAAGAAAGAAUGCCGGGCUUCAAACUUCAGAAAGGUGACAAAGUAAAAAUAGAAAUACCUAAACGCGACCCAUAUGAAAAUACUAUUGACUAUGACAACAAUGGGAACCCGACAGGUACUCACAUUCGUGUUCGUAAAAAUAGAAGAAAGUAUACAAGAGAAUAUUAUGAAGUUUUAGGCAAACAUGGCAAAAUGUACACACUGCAAGCAGAAGAUAAAACUACUAUUGUCAGACCUCGUUUCAAACUUGUCAAAGUUCAAGGUGGUAUACUUUCAAAAACAGUUCCUAACAAAUAUAAGACAACUCCUGACGAAUAUGCUAAAGAAGUUGAAAAUGACGACUAA